UCGGGAUAAGGAAGGAAACACUUGGGCAAUCGAAACAAUUUGUCUGCUUCUGACAUUUUAAACGUUUUAUGGUUUAUGGAUAAAUCUGUUAGUUAGUGGCAUAUGGUAAUUUCGGGUUUGUUUUCAGUUUUAUAUAUAUUUGUAAGUUAGUUGUGUGAUGACAUUUCUUUAUUUAUUGGAAUAUGUUUGUACGGCGUAUUAUGCCUUAAGUGUUGCAGAAUGCGAUACUAAAACCAUCCAAUGGGUGAUACAAUGACAGAGAUGAGGACUGUUCUGGUUAUUUGCAUUUACACUUUUUGAAGCAAGAAUUUUAUAUAUAAUGUCUGAGAGACCCAGAUCAGGAAAACCUUUAAACAAGAACUGGUGUCGAUGUUGGCAAGGUGUCUGCAUCACUCAGGAAGUUUUUGCAGACGUAACCACAGAUGGCUUUGGAAAAUUGCAAGGAGAAAUCAUUGAUGACAUCAACACCACCAAACGUUUCGCACAGGACACACUUUGCACUUCUUGCAAAACUCCUAAUUUGCUACAAUGUGGGACCAAAAAUCUUUGCAAAGGACGAAUGCGAAGUUGCGCCAGCCAUGUAAGCCCCGAUUUGGCAUACACACCAUGCAAGACGAACGGGUUUUGCGGCGAGUUUGUCAUCAAGCUUCAAGGCUAUCAUCGUUCUGGUAGUCCAGUAUGGAAGAAUACAGACGCUUCCAAAUGGUGCACAGAUGCUUGGGAGAUUGCAAAAUGUUUCAUGUCUCCGAAUGGUUAUGCCGACAAAGCCAAUGCAAGGGAAACCGAUUUUAACGGUCUUAUCAGCUCCAUCAUGCACUGCACGUACUUCCAGAAAUACUUCAGUGACGACCUAUCAAAGCCAAAAAAUAUUGCUGAAAGGGCCAAGGAACAAGUGAAUAAACUUCGUCAUAAUCCUGACAUGGAGGUUAAAGAUGACCAGACAACGUCUUUAUUAGACGCCUUCAUCAAUUUGCUGGAUGACGAAAAGAAUCUAAGAAAUAACGAAAAGGCAGUUGGUGCCAGAAAACAGUUAGAAAAGUUGAAGAUUGGUUCCAUGGAUAUCACAGAGAACGAAGUAUCAACGAUAACAUCAUACAUCCGAAGCGUAGAGAACCACAUGACGGAACUCAGAUGCAACUUGGAAAAGUUUAUGAUAGAUGGUGACAAACAACGGAUGUUUGUGAAAUCUCAAAUGUCUGUCGCAACUGCACUGGAUUUUAAGGAGGAUUUGGAGGAGCUGUAUAUGUCACAAUACAGUACACUUCCAGUGUACCCGUCCUUACCAGAAAUUGACGACAAAAUACACGAUAUAUACGUUAAGCCAAAAGUCAUCCAACUGGACAAAGGAAAGUACGACAGAGCAUUAUUUCGCGGUGAACGUUUUAGACGUUCUAUGGAAUUGCGCAAAAAGGAUGUAACAGCGCUUAUGGACAUUUUCUGUAAAGGAACAGAACAACAGCAGAAUAUAUACAUACAAGGUGAGCCCGGUGUAGGAAAGACUUCCCUAUGUAAUGCUCUUGCAAACCUCUGGAGCAACCCAGAGUCACGUGACACGAACCCAGAGGAAACACAACCUCUAUUCGAUGAUGUACAAUCCAUAAAAGAAUUUGAAUUUCUUUUUCUCGUUGCAUUACGAGAUUUCAGUGGUCGCGAAUGUAACGUAGAGGAAAUGAUUUGGCGCCAAAUUGUCAAGUGUUUGCCGACAAAGCAUGCCUCCUACUCAAAGGAAAUGUUAGGAGAGGUCCUCAGCACAUCCAAAUGUCUUAUACUUCUAGAUGGCUUAGACGAAUGGAUUCAUCCGACAGGGUAUUCAGAAUAUUGUCUUUGCAAGGGCACAAAAACACUGCCUUCCACUGUUCAUAGGGGAAAUUGUACGUUUGUAACUACUACUCGUCCUUGGAAAAUGUCAACCGUAUUCAUCAAAGAAUCAGAAAUCGACCGACGGUUCGAAAUAGUUGGGGUGCAAAACCCAAAUGACCUGACAGGGAAGGUCAUCAAAAGCUUAAACAAGAGGAAAGGGGAAUCAAAGACGUCGGAUGACUUCUUUACGGAAGUUGAAACGAGAGGAUUAAACAACCUUCUUGAGAUUCCAAUCAUACACAUGCAUUUGCUUUGCCUUUGGCACGACGGUAGAAUCCUCGAACCGUCUGUUUGCAAAAUAUACAGCAGUAUGAUUGACAUGCUGUUUGGAAGGGCAAAUGAUAAAAAGCCACAACCGUAUCAAAGUCAUGAUUUAUCUAAAGAUAUUGAACACUUUCCUGCAAGUCUUGAAAACGAAGAAAAUAUUCAAGAAAACAAAUCUCUAGCUGUUUCUCUAGCUCGCCUUGCAAACCAUGUUUUGCAAAAUCGCGACAGAGAGUUUGCUGUUGUUUUCACGAAAAAGCAAGUACACUCGAAUUUGUCAAAGAGCGAGUUGGCGUUUGCAUUGGACAUAGGUAUUUUGACACAGAGAGAAUCCUUGACAUCGACCAAGAAAGUUGUAACGUACUCUUUUCUCCACAAAACGUUUCAAGAGUUCUUUGCUGCGUUGCAUCUCGCGGUAAUCAAAAACCCACAAAUAGAUAGCAUCUUUAUGUUGCAUGGACACAAAGACAAAGUCCAUGACAUAUCGCUACUCUUCAAAUUCGCUUGUGGACUUUGCACUGAAACUUCACAAAGGAUAUCCGAAUGUCUGAUGCAGAAGAAAACCACAGAGCUUGAAAAGGAAUUGCAUCAUGUCGGAACAGAGACAAAGCUAGACCUGAACCGCCAUUUUGAUGAAAUCCGAUCUCUUCAGUCGCUAGUGCUCGAAGGGUUGCAUGAAUGCCGGAAUAACGGAAACAUACAAAAUCAACUUGUACUGACUCACGUUACAAGUCAUGAGCCAAAAAGUGGCAAGUGUUUGUGGAAAGAUCUUGUCGAAAUGAAUAAAGAGCACAUCGUAUCUUUGAAUAUUUGCAAAAGCUCAUCAUCAGGAACUGAAGACGUCAGCUUGUUGAAGCAGGUCAUUUUGGGCUCUUAUGAUACGUUGAAAUAUGUCACCUUCAGAAAUCUGCGCAACUCAUACGACAUGAAGGCGUGUGGCCAAAUUCAAUACCUACAUAUUGGAAACUCAUUCCCCCACGAGUCCCAUUCUCGUGUAGAUAUAAACCCAGGGGAACUCAUUUCUUGCAUGUUGGACCACGUCACUGCUGAAACUGAACAAUCCAUUUUACCGGCCCUGUCCACUGCCACAAAACUGCAUACAUUACAGAUCCACGGAUGUAGAGAUAGUCGUUUGUUUUUCGAAGCACUUCCGGAAAUAAGAAGUUUAAAACAACUGAAGAUGUGUAAUACUGCAGUUGAGAAGGACUUGGUUAUAUCAUUACCCGCACGUAUUGAAUACCUAUACUUCUUCAGGGUGACUGUUUCUUUAGAAACACUUACUAAACUCGCUGACAUUUGUAAGCGCGUUCCUCAUUCAAUCACCAUCAAAUUGAAAGAUUGCAGUGCCUUACUAGGAAAGAAAUUUGCUAAAUUUAAAGAAAGUAUCCAGGCUUGCGCUGAUGAAUUUAAGGUAAUCAAAGAUGGAUACAAGUACAAUUUUGAAGAUGAAAAUGAAUACUCUGUUUUCAAAUUCACAACGGUGCGUCACUGAAUUGAAACAAAGCAAUAUGUGUUGAUGACUCCUUAUGAGCGAUUACUUCUGUUAACGCGUUUGGAAUAGAAAUUGUUGAAAGCAGAAUUACAUUACAAAUAUUUAGAAAAGGUGUGUGUUUGCCUUCAUUCUGAUAACAUUAUCGACCUCCAUGUGUUGAGAUUGACAAAAGAAUGCACCAAAAACAGUUCCAAAGUCUGCAUGUAUUAAAGUUAACAUGAUGUUCGGGCUAAGGUCUAUUUCACUUGUAUAAUUUGCACGCAUGUACACAUACCGUUUGUCUGAUUUAGAAUUAUAUUAUUUUCAUUACCUAUGCAUUGAUAUAAUUAACUCUAUGUGAAGUUAUUGUUACUGCUGAUUGAGAUUGUAUUUUACGGUAGAUAGCUGCACUUUUGUGUGAUUAGUCUUCGUGAUUAUUCAACCGUUAGAACACACAUAACAAAUAUAAACUGAUGAAACAAAAGAGAGGAGUAACAUAACUUAUAAGUGAACGCUUAGGAAAAACAUAGUGUCUAUGUUUUCCAACGGCAAAUGUUUAAACACGGAAAUCCAGCUGUUUUGGAAGUUGUUUGUUAUUUAAUUUGACUGUGCUUGAAUUAAAAACCUUCAGAUGUACGUUUAAUUAAUAUUCGAUUGAUAUCUAUGUAUUGUCCAUAUGUAUAAUGAUAAUUUUUCUCAAUAAAUGUG